AUGGAGCAGUUUGUGUGGAGGGUGCUGCCUUUGCUAACAAUCCUCGUUUCCUUCCUAGUAUUCUUUUACUUGCAGGAUUCUUACUGGGCACAGUUACAUCCUCUCGUGAAGUUGCCACAGAAUAAGUGCAGCCUUCUUCACCAUCAUCAUUUCUGGCUCACUAGCAAGCGCAUCUUGACCCCACAAGGGAUCAUUUCUGGUUCAGUGGAGAUAAAAGAAGGGAAAAUAAUAUCAGUCAUUGAGGGAUAUAGUAAGCAGGGAAAGUCUAAGCAUGAAGAGGUAAUUGAUUAUGGAGAUGCUGUUGUCAUGCCUGGCUUGAUUGAUGUACAUGUACAUCUUGAUGAUCCUGGAAGAACUGCAUGGGAAGGAUUUGAUACUGGUACCAGAGCUGCUGCUGCUGGUGGUGUAACCACAGUGGUUGACAUGCCUCUAAACAAUCACCCUACAACUGUGUCUAAGGAAACACUGAAACUUAAGCUUGAAGCUGCAGAGAAUAGAAUCUAUGUUGAUGUUGGAUUUUGGGGAGGCCUAAUCCCUGAAAAUGCACUUAACACUAGUAUUCUUGAAGGUCUCUUAAAUGCUGGUGUCCUUGGUUUGAAGUCUUUUAUGUGUCCUUCUGGAAUUAGCGACUUUCCUAUGACUACUAUUCACCAUAUCAAGGACGGAUUGUCUGUGUUGGCAAAAUAUAGACGGCCUUUAAUUGUGCACUCUGAGAUUCAACAACAUUCUAAAAAGCAUUUGGAGCUCAAUGAUAAAGGUGGUCCACGUGCUUACUUGACCUAUCUCCACACUAGACCACCUACAUGGUAA